AUGGAAUCUUCAAAAUACCAGACCAAGCCGUGGAAACCUGCCCCGCCUCGUCGGUAUGUGUUUUGCAAUGCGAACCUCGUUGACCCCGUAAGUGGACGAGUGCAUUCUGGGGUCUGCGUACAUGUUGCGGACGGCUUAGUCCAAUACGUCGGACAAGCCAAAGAGCCUGACAACAGCGACGCGGCCGUGAUAGACUUAGAAGGAAAAUAUCUCUGUCCAGGCCUAACCGAUUGCCAUGUCCACCUAGCCGCCGUGCCAGGCGAAAGCGACUGGCGCGACAUUCGGCAAAUCGACACAGUGACCUCGACGCUGCGCCAGGGCUACGUGUGCGAGUCCAUGCUGCAUCGAGGCUUCACCACUGUCCGUGAUUGCGGCGGCGCGACACUCUCCCUGAAAGAAUCUAUCGCCGACGGACUGAUCCACGGACCGCGUCUUUUCAUUGCGGGCCGGUAUCUGAGCCAGACGGGGGGACAUGGCGAUAUGCGCGGCAGCCACCAGGCAAGUGUCCCGCAAUGCUGCGGCCAUGCAACUGCUAUGUCGGGGAUCAUCGCCGACGGCGUGCCGGCUUGCCUACAAGGGGCGCGUGACACGCUGCGCACAGGCUCGGACUUUAUCAAGAUCAUGGGCAGUGGCGGCGUUGCUAGCCCGACUGAUCAGGUUGAGCAUGUCCAGUUCACCGACGAGGAGAUCCGGGCUAUUACUAGCGUCGCGCGCAAUGCCAACACCUACGUAACCAGCCAUGCAUACACGCCGGCAUCUAUUCAGCAGGCGAUCCGCAAUGGAGUCACGGGCAUCGAGCACGGGAAUCUGAUUGACGAGGAGACCGCGGCGCUGAUGGCAGAGAAAGGCGUUUAUCUAACUCCCACCUUGGUGACCUAUUCGACAAUGGCCAAGUAUGCCUCGGAUGGAUUCCUGCCGCCGGAGUCGGCGAAGAAGAACGACCAGGUGCUGGCGCGGGGACUACAGUCCUUGCGGCUGGCUGCAGAUGCGGGCGUGACGAUGUGCUUUGGGACUGAUCUGCUGGGCCAUCUGGUGCAAGCACAGUCAUUGGAAUUCGGGCUUCGGGCUCAGGUUCUCUCGCCGUUGGAAGUUUUGCGUAGUGCUACGAUCAACCCGGCUCAAAUGAUGGGACAGGAGAGUUUUCUGGGUCAGAUUAAGGAAGGGUUUGCAGCUGAUUUGCUUGUGCUCAAUGCGAAUCCCCUGGAAGAUAUCAAGAUUCUGGAGAAGCCGGAGACACAUAUCUUGGCGGUUAUGAAGGAGGGCCGGGUGUAUAUGAGCCGAUGGUCUCAAUUGAUGCCGGAUGUGAAACAGAAGACUGAGCUGUUGGAGUAA